AGCAGUACCUCAUCGUCUGCACUAUCGAAAUCUUCGGUAAAGGAUGAAGAUCAUGGUCAGUACGCUCCAAGAGUGAGAGAACUCACUGAAGAGAUAAAGAAGGCAGCUGAACUGAAGCAAUUCAACACACAGCGUAUGGUUGAUGCUAUCAAUGAGGUGAAGAAACUCGAAGUGGAGCUGGACAGAGCAGGACAAAAUCUCAGCCAGGUCCAGCAAAAAUUCAACGACCAUGAAGCCAUUGUUGCUGAGUUGCGCCUUCGAGCCAAGAAAGUCCAUGAGCAGCUGUUGAUCGCUCGUGAAGCGGACAAGAGGCGCAAUGCUGUAUGA